UCCAGUAGCAGCUUAAGUUUAUGUCAAAAUGAGAGCUGUAUGUUUUGUUAAAAGACUUAACUGGGAACUACCUGGUACCGUUUUUAGGCAUGGCUUGACAUUUGGAGACGUUGAUAAUGAUGGAGAUAAUGAAUUAGUCGUUGGAACGGCUGAAGGUGAUCUCUUCAUUUUUAAAGGUCCUGAAUUAUGGCAGAAGAUAUCAGGUCUUGGAUUGAUAUCUUGCGUAACGGUAGGUGAUGUUUUCAACUAUGGACGAAAUGCUCUUGUUAUUAUUUGCGGGGACGGUUGGGCCCACAUAUACUACAGUCCUCGAUCAGUGAACCUUGGAAUCAUUACUACUAUUCCGAAAGCUUCAUUACAAAAGAACACUAACAUGGGUUUGAAAACAGAUGAUGAUAUACCUAGUGGACAUGCUGAAUCAAUAAAUCCAACUAUUGUAGGCCAAAAGGAAAACUCCAAGGAAAUAAUCGAAUUGCAUGGGAAAAUGGAAUGUGUACAUGUACAGAGAAUUCCUACGAAUACCAAAGUUGUUCUCGUAACCGAUAUUGAUAAAGAUGGGCUGAAUGAAAUGAUAAUAGGCCUAACUGAUCGGGUAGUUAGAUCUUACAGAUGGUCGAGUAAUGCUGAUUUAGGAUCUGGCAAACUCGUAGGACUAAAUAAAUGGGAAUGUGCUAACCAAAUUGGCACAGUUACAAUGCAGCAUGCUGGAGAUGGUACUCCUACAUUAUUAGUUGCCCAACCAGGCGGAACAUUUAUGCGCAUCAUGUGUAAUCCGGAUGACUGCCAUUUGGAGGAUGGAUCUUCUGACACAAGUAGUGAAGCUGCAGCAAGUUGUGUGGAUUAUCAAACCCUUUGCAUAUCUCGAAUGCGCAAUGCAAAUAUUUCUACGGAAAUAUUAGGAAAUCUAGAACCGGGACUAAGCAACUUUAUAUCUAAAAUAGAAAGCAGGAUAAACGAUAAUACAUCCAACGAAUUACCCGAAGAACAAUUAUGCUUAGUAAAUAGAAAAUUAAAUUCAAAAAGCUUCAAGUCUGCAUCCUUAGAGUUUCUGGGGAAAAAUGAUAUAAAAUCAAAUAAAAGGAAAUGCAGUUCAGAUUCAAAUCAAUGUUUUGAAAAGGAAAUAUUUGUACUAAAGGGUGAUUUACGGAAUUUGUGUUGCAAAGAAAAAACUCAAGAAAUUGAUCAAGUUGAUGGAAAUCUUGCUGGAGGAAAUAUUAUACUUGGAGAAUAUGGAACAAUAGCAAAUAAAAAGUCAUUGCUUCCAUCGUACGACGAUUUUACAAACUUUUCCCAUAACAAUCACGAUAGUGAACAUAUUCAGAACGUGCGUGAUGAGGUCCAAAAACGGGAUUACUCUGAGCAUAACAAACGCGAGGGAAGUAUUUUGAACAAUAAACCGUAUGCCCUUGCUACACUAGAUGGUACAAUAAUGCUAGUGAAAGACGAGAUGAUUUUAUGGUCGAUGCAAGUCGAUCAUCAUAUUUUUGCAUUGUACCGUUUAGACGUUACAAGAGAUGGUGCUGAUGAAAUAAUUGCUUGCACUUGGGACGGGCAAACCUAUAUACUUGACCAACAAAGAAAUAGUGUGCGUUUUCAGUUUGAGGAACCGGUUAGAGCUUUUUGUUCGGGAAUGUACAGUGUCACUUCUGGAAUGUCUACACCUUCCCUUGUGUACAAUACAUUCAAUAAUAAGAUUUUUCUUUAUCAUGAUGUCAUUCUUCCGAGCAUGGUAUUACAAGUCCUGAAUCCUUUCGCACAGCUUGCGCCAAACGAAAAGGUUUAUUUGGAGAACGUGUUGACUAAUAUAGACGAUACAGAUGAGGAAGAAAAGAUUAGACGAAUAACCAGGUGGUUUUUGUACGGAUUUGAUCAAGUGAUAUAAGAUUUCGUACUGAAAAAAUGUAAUCGUGGAUGAAUGUUUGAAUUAAAUCUAUCACGUUUUAAAGACGUACAAUAAA